AUGGGGACCCUCAGCUGCGACCCCACACCCCGGCUGACAGCCGCACCCCCAGGCCGGCGGGCCCCUGAGUGCCAGGUUCCAGAGACCACCGGCCUGCGGAGGUCAUGCAGGCUGGCCGCCUGGGAGAACGGCUCUGGGCCGGGCUUGUAUGUCCUACCGUCCACUAUCGGCUUCGUCAACCACGACUGCACCAGGGUGUCAGGUCCUGCCUACUCACUCUCCCGGAGGCCCAGCGAGGUAUCUCCGCAGGAGACCAGCCCGGGGCCAGUCUACUUCCUGGACCCGAAAGUCACCCGCUUUGGCCGAAGCUGCACCCCUGCCUACUCCAUGCAGGGCCGGGGCAAGUCUCGGGGUCUGGAGGUGACGCCGGGCCCUGGGGCCUACAGCCCAGAGAAGGUGGCUCCUGUGCGCCAGCGGACCCCCCCAGCUUUCACCCUGGGCUCCCGCCUCCGCCCACAGCCCAUGGACAACUCAGCCCCUGCCCCUAACACCUACACCCUGCCUUCCCUCUGGGGCUCCCAGAUCUCCAUCAAGCCCAGCAGCCCCAGUUACACGGUGGUGGGCCGCAUGCCCGCUGCCCGCCCCCCGCAGGACCCUGCUGAGAUGCCAGGCCCUGGCCAGUACGACAGCCCAGACCCCAACAUGUACCGCCAGCGCCGGCCCGCUUUCACCAUGCUGGGGCGGCCCCGAGCCCCGCGCCCCCCGGAGGAGACGCCCGGCCCGGGCACCCACAGCCCCGAGCAGGUCACUGUGACCAAGGCCAGGGCCCCGGCCUUCACCAUGGGCAUCCGCCACUCCAAACGGGCCACCACCAUGGCCGCCGACACCACAGCCUGA